GUGUUCCCCAGCAGAAGGGUAGUUCAGGUAAUUUCGCAUCUGUUUGCCCCAAUUUUCUGCGAGAGCCUAGUCUGAGCUGCCAUGGGUACUCGGGCAUGAAGCUUAUGGUAUUUGUAAAGCCAAUUGCUCUACUUGCAGUCACCCUAAGUGGCACCAUCUUGUUCAUACUACUUUCCCAUCGGAACCAAUCUUCUACUUCAGGAGAACCAGACUCCAUGGCUCGGAGCUUUAUUCUGUGGCUUCACGGGUUGGGCGACUCGGGUCCGGCCAACGAGCCCAUCAAGAACCUCUUCACCUCACCGGAGUUCAGGAACACAAUCUGGUCCUUCCCUUCUGCUCCUUCCAACCCAGUCACCUGCAACUAUGGUGCGGUAAUGCCUUCAUGGUUUGACAUCCAUGAGAUUCCUGUGACAGCUGAUUCUCCAAAAGAUGAAAGGAGCCUGCUUAAAGCAGUUCAGAACGUGCAUAAGAUGAUCGACAAGGAGAUAGCUGCUGGCACCAAUCCUAAUAAUGUAUUUGUGUGUGGAUUUAGUCAAGGAGGUGCAUUAACAUUGGCAAGUGUUCUUUUAUACCCCAAAACUCUAGGAGGAGGUGCAGUGUUUAGCGGAUGGGUUCCUUUUAAUGCAUCAAGGACAGAACAAUUCCCUCCAGAGGCAAAGAGGACACCUAUUCUGUGGUCUCAUGGAAUGGCCGACAGAACAGUACUAUUUGAAGCGGGACAAGCUGGUCCUCCUUUUGUUGAACAAGUUGGUGUAACCUGUGAAUUUAAGGCUUAUCCCAAACUUGAACAUUCAAUAAACAAUGAGGAGCUCCGUUACCUGGAAUCAUGGAUCAAAGCCCGUCUCCAAAGUUCUUCGUAGAGGUUUGGUGGUGAUUAAUAUGUCAUUUAUGAGUCAUAAGUUGUUGGUACUUGAUCAUUAUAAAUGAGGAAAGUCAAAGUUCCCAAUUAUGUUGCUUAUCUAUCUCUAUUUUCCUUUUGGCUUGAAUUAUAUUUGCAUAAUCAGGUAAAACAAAACAAAAAAUCAUGGGUUAUAAAUACAUUGUCUAAAUAUUUGGUACGCUCUUAGAUAGCAGAGAGGUGCAAUUGUCACUCUGCAGUUUGCCUUCUUCAACUCUUUAACAGUUGCUGUAUUAUCUAUUAGAGAAAUACAAUUCUUUGUGGUUUACAAAGAUGGUUGUUUA